GGAGAUCACCCUUAACUACCACCACACAUGCAGAAGUACAAAAGUUCGUAGCAGAAACACUCUCACACCAAACUGCUUCAUUUGCAGCAGGCUCAAUUCUUAGGGGGUUUGAUCCAGUAAAGUACAUCUCUCUCUCCCCGAUUCCAUAGGGAAGGGUCUGUUCUGUCCACCUGCACUUCGUUAGAGAGAAGCGUGCUCAGAGGCAACACCACAAGAGCCCACAGUGACAUAACUUCAUGCAGAGGCUGGCGUGAUUGGGCUGGUCCCCCCCCCCCUCCUCAGCUCUUGUAUCACUGAGAGUCUGGCAGCCAGUUCCACCCUGACAGAGUUCACAGCAUAUAUUAGUGGAACCUUGUUCACAGUGCGUCUGUUUAAGGAAUUAACGGAAACAGUGUCAAGAGAGUAAGGGCACAGAGGACUUGCUGAAAAUGAAUGUAUGUACGUUCACUCUUGUCUUGGCAUUAGUCGGUAGUGUCAGUGGCCAAUACUAUGAUUAUGAUGCCCCUCUCUUCAUGUAUGGGGAACUGUCACCCAACUGUGCACCAGAAUGUAACUGUCCCCACAGCUACCCAACUGCCAUGUACUGUGAUGAUCUCAAGUUGAAAAGUGUGCCCAUGGUGCCCCCUGGCAUCAAGUACCUUUACCUGAGGAAUAACCAGAUCGACCAUAUUGAUGAAAAGGCCUUUGAGAAUGUAACGGAUCUGCAGUGGCUCAUUCUUGACCACAAUCUUCUAGAAAACUCCAAGAUCAAAGGAAAGGUCUUCUCUAAGCUGAAACAACUGAAGAAGCUGCAUAUAAACUACAACAAUUUGACCGAGUCCGUGGGUCCGCUCCCAAAGUCCCUACAAGACCUGCAGCUGGCCAAUAAUAAGAUCAGCAAGCUGGGCUCCUUCGACGGGCUGGUAAACCUGACCUUCAUUUACCUUCAACACAACCAGCUCAAAGAGGAGGCUGUCUCGGCUUCUCUGAAAGGCCUUAAGUCACUCGAAUACCUCGACUUGAGCUUCAAUCAGAUGAGCAAGCUGCCCGCUGGCCUUCCAACAUCUCUUCUAACUCUCUACCUAGACAACAAUAAGAUCACCAACAUUCCUGAUGAGUAUUUCAAUCGCUUCACCGGGCUUCAAUACUUGCGUUUAUCUCACAAUGAGCUGGCUGACAGUGGCGUGCCUGGAAACUCAUUUAACAUAUCAUCUCUGCUCGAGCUCGAUCUCUCCUACAAUAAGCUCAAGAGUAUACCAACCGUUAAUGAAAACCUUGAAAACUAUUACCUGGAGGUCAAUAAACUCGAAAGUAAGUAUAAAGCUGCCCCUGGGUUUGACCCACUUAAAGCGUCUAUCAAGCUGACAUACUUAAAGUUUGUAUCAAAUGCUUUCAGUGUUGACAUGCUUAGACUGCACAAUGUAAUAGGAAUGAAUGAAAGGGACAACAGAAUCCAAACAUGGAAUUCUGGCUCAGUAACACAUUGGAUUGUUCCUAGCCUUUCCUUAGAGUGCCAAGACCAAGAGCCAUUAAAGUCAUAGACUUUUUCUUUGAAUUUCUCAGUGUUAUCUGAGACUCAUUGACAAUGAUGUCUUAUCUCUUAGUAGUUUUUGGCUACAGCUUAGUUUGUUCUUGCAUAGAAUUGCGUGCUGCCUUCAUUAAGUGACAUAAUCUAGUAGAGGGAAGGAAGAGAACCUUCAGAAGACUUUCAGUAAGCACAGUCUCUCAACCGUUCUCCCACGUCUUGAAGUUCAAGGUGUUACCCUAUUAACAUGGCCAGCACCACCACUCUUUUCUGACAUGGUAAAUGUGAUCUUCAAAACAUUUCAAUGAGUAUCAUAAGGAAGAUGAAGGAAGGAAAGGGUGUCGACAAAGAUUUCAAAUAUCUAUUUAUAUAUAAGAUAUCCUUAUAGAGCCCUUAGCUUUUGUACAGUCCUUCACCUCACCCACAGUCCCAGUUCUCUUCAGGUGAUGCUGUCUUUCAUUUUUUAAUCUAUCUCCACAAUGGAGGUGGACUUGGUCUGCUCUUUGAGGGCUUCCAUUCACCUCUGCUUACUUCAGUACAGACAAUAUGAAAUCAGGGAGAGAAUUAAACUGUUCAAUCCCAACCUUACCAUUUAAUAGAGUUUGGGACAGAAAUGUGUCGGUUCACGAAAAUGUGAAAAAUUCAUGUGGAAAACACCAUUCCAUGUAUAAAGAAAUCAUUGUCUAUUCAAACUGAACUUGUUUAUCUAGUGAAAAGUCCACUUCCCUUCCUGAGACAAAAAUACUGUUAUCCGAAAGAAAAAUAAGCGGGACUACAUUGCAAUAUUUCUUUAAUUUCAUAUAGCUCCUGGGUUACACCUUUUCAUGGAGAAGACUGUGAAUUUUGACAUAAGUGCCAUUCUCUAUUUUAUUUUCAAAUGGAUUUUUAGAUCCAUCAAAGCAGCGUUUGAAACAGUUUGACUGUUACAGAAUAAACGGUUCAAACUAUCACGAUUAUACUGGCACAACUGUUUACAUGCGACAGACAGUUCAUGUCCUUCAAUUUUCCUAAGCAAUGAUUUGAUUGCAUUUAUUAUUUGCAAUAAUCGCAGUCUAAAUCAGGCUCUAAACACUGAAUAUUACAUUUACUAAUAAACCUAUAAAUGCACAACUUUUGGUACCUAUGGAAUAGUGGCUCUCAAACUCUCUUGGAUCUCAAACUCUACAGAAGCUCAAGUCCCUUACAUACAUGCUAUAACAGUUCCAUACAACGUUAUGUAAGUCAUCUCCUUACAUGAACUUUUCUAUAGACAAAUUAUGAUGUUCAGUAAAAUGGAGAUGCUGUCUACAAGGUCAUGUGCUAUAAUGCUCAGGGACAAAGGCAAUAAAAAAUGUUCACCGUACUUAUAUAUGCAAAUUUUAAGACUAUUUUUGACCUGUGGCUCAUCCCCAUCUAUAUAUAAAGAACACAACCUCCACCCUUUGAAAGUUACAGGGCUUCAAUAUAAAACCCCAAACAGUCAUCCCUAUUCCUGUCUUAGGACUAAUAAUUAAUUUAACCCAACCUUUAUCUUCUUCAGAUGAUGAGAAAUGGGGUUAGAAAGGUAUCAGCAAGUAUGGAGGGCAUUAUAUGUGUUGAUGUACUGCAAUGUGGUUUGGACAACUGAAUAAUUUUAUUGUAACUCUGUGAAAGCAGUACAUUAUAUCAGACGGGGUGCAGUUGAGAGCUCCAAAUUCCCAAGGUAAGUAGCAGGAUAGCCUGCAAAGGAGGACCUAGAACUCUCUUCUUUCUUUACUUCAUACCUUUUCAGAGAUGAGUAUGAGAGAGACCAAGGAGUCACGCUGAAAAUGUUGUUUAAAUCUGCAUCAGCAGAGACUAGAGGACAGUGUGCUUAAGGGUUUUUUUUUGUUGUUGUAAUCACUCGCCAGACUUUGGGAAUGAAAGAAAAUAGCGAGCCAAGAACCAUACAAGUAUAAGUUUACAUUGACCUAUGUGAACAUAGAUAGUUCUAGUAAUAAUCUUGCUUUCGGUUUAAACCCUAGAUGAGUUCUUGCUUGUGGCAGCUUCUCCACCAGCAAGUAACACUGGCUACACAUUCCGUGACUUAGUUUAUGUCUUGAAGUUCUGCUUUUCUGCCAUAGUGUGUGGUUGGUGGAAAAUUCCAUAAUGAUCAUUCAACCAAGCCUAUCAUUUUCAGCUGAAGAAAAAAAAACAAGGAUAAGUUUUCCAUUGAUGAGGUCAUUCAAACAAUUCAUAUUUCUCAGGUCAGACUAAACAUUUCAUGUUAGUUGAGUUCUGUUCUAAACCUUAUUAUCAAAAUUAAAUAAAUUCUUUCUUUUUCUGAGAAAUUUCAUUUGAUUCACCCUAAUUUUUUUACUAAAUACUGUGGCACCACUUUAGUAGCCUGAAAUGUAAGCUCCAUGGCUUUUAUUUUAAAAAGACAUGAUAAAGCUGACUUUCUACAUGCAAUAGACUAUCUGCUAACAAACCAUUUAUGGGUUAGUUUUCAAAAUGGUACUUUCAAGAUAGCACGAUGAAAGAUGAUUCAGCUUUCUAUUUUUCCAUUUGCAGAGUUUGAUGUCAAGAGCUUCUGUAAGAUCCUGGGACCACUAUCUUACUCCAAGAUCAAGCAUUUGCGCUUGGAUGGCAAUCCCCUCACUCAAAGCAGUCUGCCCCCUGACAUGUACGAGUGUCUACGUGUAGCAAAUGAAAUCACGGUUAAUUAACCUCCUCUCAUUCUAAUACAUUGAAGUAUGUUCCAGAGCAGUACUUCAUGGAUGGGUAUUUGCUGGAUGUGUUAAAGUUUUCACAAUAUCCUUUACAUUGUUAUUGUCAUUGUUGUUGUUGGUAUUACUUCAUGGAUUUUAAUUAAUAAAGGAAAUGUUUUGUGAACAUUUACCACUUUUUAAAUAAAAGAUGAAAAGCAGGCCUAUUUCAUCGUGAGAACAGACACAUAAAACCCGUUAAACUUAAGUCUAUUUGUGAAUUUAAUGUUUUCUAUAGCUCUAUGUUCAGGUGAUUAUGAAGCCUUUUUACUGAUUGCUUGGAAGUCCACCAGGUUUCUAUGGUUCCUCACAUUUUACAUUAGUGACUUCGAAAACAUGAAACAAACAUGCAUGGAUGUUUGUUAUCCUAAUCCAAAUUUUUGUGACAUGUCAAGUUUGUUUUACAGAAGUUUAGAUCCUAUGUUUUGAAACCAGUGAUUUGCAACAUACCAAAGAAAAUUACUAAAGACCUGUCUACUUAAAGAAAUGUAGUUAGCAGUAAGAAUUUGCCCAGUUACUUAAUGAAACUUUUCUUGAGUCAUUUUCCUGUCAUAUCUAUGUUUCUUUCUGAUUGUUUGCAUGUUAUGAUUAACAAGCUGAUAGCAAAAUAAAACAAUGCAAAUGGUA